AUGGAGUCAAAUCCAGUCCCAGUUGAUGCGCAAGUAGACGCGUCAUCCAAUGAUCUACCAGACCGUCUACCCUUUCCACCAAUCACCUAUUCUCACAUCCUCCACUGCUCGUACCAUGACUGGCACCCACGCUACCGCACCCUCGCACCCAAGUCCCGGGUAAUUCCUCUCACCACCGAAUUCAUUACCUACCUCCGCGCCGACGGCAUCGUGCUACCUCCGGAGCCAAUACGCCCAAGAGAUGAUGACGAUCUAGACACUUUCUCCGACUCAGGCGAGGAAGCUGAAGACCCCUCGAUAGAGUGGGCUGAUAUCCACAAGCAAAUCAAAGACACAAUCAGCGAGUUCGGCAAAGUCACCCCGAAACUAAACUGGAGUGCCCCCAAAGAUGCUACGUUCAUGGCCGCCACAAACGACACGAAAUGCGCCACUCCCAAUGACGUCUACCUCCUCCUGAAAAGCAGCGACUUCAUCACCCACGAUCUUGAACAUCCCUUUGACGACUGUGUUCCUGAUAAUACUGAAACUACGAAUGGAGAGGCUUCCGAGACCCCGGCUGUGGACUCCCUAGUCCCGGACGUUCCCUACCACUUAGUCCUUCGCAAAUAUGCCAACUUCAACCCGUCUCUCGAGUUCAGGUGCUUCGUUCGCAACCGCAAGUUGCUGUGUAUGUGUCAGCGGGAUCUUAAUCACUUUGACUUCCUAUUUGAAAUGCGCGAUAUGUUCCGUUCGCGCAUACAAGCGUUCUUCGACGAGAAGUUGCGCGAUACCUUCCCGGAUCCAAACUUCGUAUUCGAUGUCUAUGUCCCUGCGCCGCAUCAGCGUGUCUGGCUGGUAGACAUCAAUCCUUGGGCGCAGCGGACGGAUCCGUUGCUGUUUAGCUGGUUGGAGAUUCUGCGGAUGAAGGAUCCUAUUGGCUUUGAGGAGGAAGAAUAUGAUGAUCUUAAUGGUGGAUUCGUGAGGAUCUCACUUCGUGAUGGGAGCAUUAUGACUUCGGAUGAGGUGACCAGUGGUGUCGUUGAGGAAGUGGAGGAUGAUUCCGAAGAUGAACAGAAGGCGGAAGAAGGUGAUGAUGAUCUUGCUCCCUUCUUGCCCGAGGUUCGUCUCGUGAAGAAGAAUGAUCCUGAGGCAUAUCAGUUCUCUACGCCGCAGUACUCAGCUCACAAGGUGCCAAAGGAUCUGGUCGAUGCCUCUCUGGCGGGACCGGGUGGCAUGAGUGAGUUUAUGGGGAAGUGGCAGGAGAUUCUAGCUAGGCAGUGUAUGCAACAACAGCAAGAUGAGAGCAGUGACUCAGAAUAG